AUGAGAGGCACAUUGACAAAGAUCUGCAGAGCAGGAUUCCUGUCUUUCAUCCUCAUCUCUUACAUCGCAAUUACGUCUUCAAUGACUCUUGAUUUAACUGAGCUGAGAAACAAAGUUUCAAAGAUCAAGGUGAAUCCAAGAGGGAAUCUUUGGGCAACAGGACAUUUCAUGGGCAAGAAAAGUGUGGUUGACAGUUCCUUCAUGGAGUCUGCCUUUGAGGAUGUAAAUGUUCCCACUGAAGUCAGAGCUGUUAGUCCUGCGUACAGAGUGAAGGACCUGCAGUCACUACUCAUUCAGAUGCUGAAAACUACCCAACAAGCACAACGGAAACAGACAAUGGACAUAGGACAAGUGGAUCCUGCUUGA